CAGCGCGGUCCCCCGCAGACCGCACCUCCCGCUGGGAGGCUGUGACAGUGACUGUCCUGCUCGGUCAGGGAGAAAUAGCUCCGCAGCUCACCAUGCACAGAGCUUACCAGCCCCUGAAGCCUUCCACCAACAAAUAUAUACAGCAGAAGUGGGACCAGAGCAACUAUGAACAGCACAGGAGAAAGGUCAGCACGGCUGUGCCUGUGGUGGACACCAAAGGCAUCCGGACUCCGGCUCACAUGGCGCUGAAACUAAAAAAGCGGCAGUUGGAGCAGGAGAGGCUGACCAUCAUUGAGAGGGACAAUCAGCACCUGUCCUCCAAGCUGGCGGACAUCAUGAGCUCUAAGGGAUACGUGGACGACAGGAACGACUAUCCUGAGCGCAGCCUUAAUGCGGCCAGACGGAUGGAGCAGAUGCGGCUGGUGACCCAUCAGAACCAGGCCAUCCUGCAGCGCAUCAGGAGCCAGCAAUCUGAGUACCGCCGGCGAAACUGGGAGGAGCACUGGGAGCAGGCAGAGUGCCGGCGAGAUGACAUCGCCCGCUACCCUCGCGGCCUGACCAAUCAGCAGAGACCCAGGAGGAAGGUGCUUUUGGGGACCAGAGAGAGACGGGAUACAAGCAGCGAGUCCGCUUCUCGUCAGCUGUCCUCGGAGACCAGCGGUGGCAUGUCUAGCCGGACCCAGUCGGAACUCGCAGAAUCCCCAUCACCAUGACGAUGGGUGACAGUCGUCAUCUGAGGCAGCCAUGAUGAAUUAAUAAUGAUCCGUCACUUGCUGAUUGGGUUUUUGAUUCAGCAUUUUCUUUUUACAAUAAAUUUACUGUGUCAUAUAAAUGACUGGCAUCCUUUCC